ACAGAAAAACGCCGAAAAAAUAAGAGAAAAGCACAACACGCGGCGAAAUCUAUACAAAUUGUCCACAAAAAAAUUAAUAAAGGAAGUAUUUAGUGACAUAAUUGCCUAAGGCUUAAUAAAGACCAUCAAAUCACAAUGGCUGAUGUGCUGGAUAUCGACAAUGCUGAGGAGUUUGAAGUCGACGAAGAUGGAGACCAGGGCAUUGUGCGCUUAAAGGAGAAGGCAAAGCACCGCAAGGGACGUGGCUUUGGCAGCGACAGCAACACCCGCGAGGCCAUUCACAGCUACGAAAGAGUGCGCAACGAGGACGACGAUGAACUGGAGCCGGGACCACAGCGCUCAGUGGAGGGCUGGAUCUUGUUUGUGACGUCCAUUCAUGAGGAGGCACAGGAGGAUGAGAUUCAGGAAAAGUUUUGCGAUUACGGCGAGAUUAAAAACAUUCAUUUAAAUCUGGACCGACGCACAGGUUUCUCCAAGGGUUAUGCGCUGGUGGAGUACGAGACGCACAAGCAAGCACUGGCGGCCAAAGAGGCGCUCCAUGGUGCCGAUAUAAUGGGUCAGACCAUACAAGUCGACUGGUGCUUCGUCAAGGGACCGAAGCGUGUCAAAAAGUCCGAGAAACGCCGCAGAUAGAGAAAGAAUUGAUUGAUGCGUUGUAUUUGGAGGCCAACGAAUACAUAAUAUUUCUUAAAUUAGAAUAAUCCAACUUGUCUUAAACAU